UCGUCCAUCGACUCCUGCAGCUGAUUCCAAGCGAGAAAAAAACUCGGGACAGGAAAACAAGGACUCUGGGACUUUGGACCGCCACAGGAGCUGAUUGCACAAAAGGAUCCAACCGUAAACCGCCGACCACAACCGCCGGAGAGCCAUGGAGCCGCCAGCGCCGGGCGGAAUCGCGUCCGCCGGCUCGACGCACAAGUUCCAUCCGUGCGACGAGGCGGUGAUAGCCACCAACGACGAUGCCAGCGACUGCAAGCGAUGUGCGGUGCGCCUGGGCUACUGGAAGGACGACUAUAUCGGCUACUUUGUGCGCAACCAGGAGCGCAAGGCGCCGGAGAUCAAUCGCGGCUACUUUGCCCGGGUCAAGGGCGUGGAGAUGUGCGUCGAGAAGUUUCUGAAGAAAACCUCGGGCAACUGCCAGAUCAUCAAUUUGGGCUGCGGCUUCGACACACUCUACUUCCGACUGAGGGACACCGCCCACCAGGUGAAGAACUUCAUCGAGCUCGACUUCCCCACUGUUACCGCCCGCAAGUGCUACACCAUCAAGCGGAACAAGGCCCUGCUGGCCAGGAUCCACGACGAGGACGGUGAGGUGCGGCUGAGUCCGACGGAUCUGCAUGGGCCCAGCUAUCACCUGAUGGGCGUCGACCUGCGCAACCUCGAUGAGGUGGACAACAAGCUGCAGCAGGCCGAAGUGGACUACACCCUGCCCACCAUCUUCCUCGCCGAGUGCGUGCUCGUCUAUAUCGAGGCGCAGAACUGCCGCAAUCUGCUCAAGUGGAUCGCGCAAAAGUUCCAGGCCGCCGUCUUUGUCAAUUACGAGCAGGUCAACAUGAACGAUCGCUUCGGCGACGUGAUGCUCAACAACCUGCGCGGACGCGGCUGCAGCCUGGCCGGCGUGGAGUCCUGUCUGUCGCUGGACACGCAAAGGAACCGCUUCAAGGACAGCGGAUGGACUGGCGCCCGCGCCUGGGACAUGGUCCAGGUGUACGAGAGCAUCUCGGCGGCCGAGAGGCAGCGCAUCGAGCGGCUGGAGAUGCUGGACGAGGGGGAAUUGCUGCUGCAGCUCUUCCAGCACUACUGCCUGGUGGUGGCCUGGCUGGGCGUGGCCUUCCAGGACAUAGAUAUCACGUGCGUGCCAGUCGUCGAGGAGUUGAUGUCCUCCCUGAACAUUGACUAGGAGCGAUGGAGGAGGAAGAUGCACCAUUUAUCCACUCUUUGCUCUGCUCGGAAGGCCAUGCCAAAAGAUUUUGCUUCUCAACAUGUUAAACUAAACAAACCAAUAAUUAUAAAAAAACCAUCGAAAUCAAAACGUAUUUAGAUAUUUAUCCCACACCGAACCCACUCGCAAAUUACUUAAUUUGUUAAUCCUUAGUUGUUCCUUACAAAUUUCCCUUGUUACAUUCUCUAUUAUUUAAUCGCUUAAUCUUUUUUUUCGAAUUCGCUCACUAAUUUAUCACCGAAUCGUGGCGCAAACUAUUGAUAAGUGAUCGAUACGCCAUCCAUUCAUUUCCAAUCUUCUAGUGUGCGUUUAAAGUGUAAAUGUAUUUUGAAAUUAAUUAAAACAAAACGUAAUUGGAAAACUUAAA